AUGCCUAAACUACCCUUCUUUAUGUUGAAAUUUCCCUGUAAUCUGUUUCUCUUGCUAACCUUCAUAAUACCCUUCAAAGUAAUUUCACAACCUAUAGCCUCCGAAGUAACCAUACUUCUUAGUUUGAAACGUCAAAUUGGUGAUCCACCGUCGCUUCAGUCAUGGAAACCGUCACCGUCUUCGCCGUGCGGAUGGCCGGAGAUCAAUUGCACCGGUGGAUUCGUCACGGAGCUUCUCCUCCCGAACAAAGACAUCACCACACAGAAACUCCCUUCGAUAAUCUGCAACCUCAAGAGCCUCACUAAACUUGACCUCUCCAACAACUCCGUCGCCGGAGAGUUUCCGACGUGGAUGUACAACUGCUCCAACCUCCGGUACCUCGAACUCUCCCAGAACUACUUCGCCGGACAAAUCCCUGACGACAUCGGUAACCUCAAAACACUCACGUACCUCAACCUCGCCGGCAACAGCUUCACCGGCGAUAUCCCGGCGGCUAUCGGGAAACUGCAUAACCUUAAAACACUUUACCUCUUUCAAAACAACUUCAACGGAACCAUUCCAAAGGAAAUCGGAGACUUAUCGAACCUCGAAACCCUCGGUAUAGCUAAUAACUUCAGACUCAAACCAAUGACAAUUCCGUUCGAGUUCGGAAAAAUGAAAAACUUGAAAUUCAUGUGGAUUUCAAAGUGUAACUUGAUCGGAACCAUUCCAGAAAGCUUCGUGAAUCUCACGAAUCUCGAACAUUUGGAUUUAUCAACCAACAAUUUAACCGGAAACAUACCUAGAAGUUUAUUCUCGCUGAAGAAAUUGACCUAUAUGUACCUUUACCUCAAUAGGUUUAUUGGUGUGAUACCUGAUUCGGUUCAGGCUUUGAAUUUAACAGAAAUCGAUUUGUCUAUGAACAAUUUAACUGGUUCGAUACCGAAAGAAUUCGGUAAGUUGCAGAAUUUGACUGUUCUGCAAUUGUUUUCAAAUCAGUUAUCUGGUGAGAUUCCUAGCAGUUUAGGGCUGAUUCCAAGUUUGAGGAAAUUUAAGGUUUUUGAAAAUAAGUUGAAUGGGACACUACCUUCAGAAUUAGGAAGGUAUUCAAAGCUUGUGAUUUUUGAAGUUGGUGAAAAUCAACUCAUUGGUGGGUUGCCCGAACAUUUGUGUGAAGGUGGUGUUUUGUUGGGGGUAACUGCUUUUUUGAAUAAUCUCAGUGGAAACUUGCCAAAUUGGUUUGAGAAUUGUGUUUCUCUUACCACUGUUAAGCUUUACAAUAACAGAUUUUCAGGGGAAGUUCCUUUGGGUUUGUGGAAUUUGACGAAAUUGUCGACGUUGAUGAUAAGUGAUAACUUGUUUUCCGGUGAACUUCCGAGUAAAUUAUCGUGGAACAUGUCUAGACUUGAGAUUAGAAACAAUAACUUUUCAGGUCAGAUAUCUCUUGGAGUUUCUUCUGCUUUAAAUUUGGUAGUUUUUGAUGCAGGAAACAACUUGUUUUCUGGUGAGGUUCCAAGGGAAUUAACGGGUUUAUCGCAGAUCAUUACUCUCAUGCUUGAUGGUAAUCAACUCUCUGGAACACUUCCGUCUGAAAUAAUAUCGUGGCGAUCACUUAAUAUUCUAAAUAUCUCGAGAAACAAAAUUACGGGUCGAAUACCUGUAGCUUUGUCUUCUCUUCCAAGCCUUGACUACUUGGAUUUAUCUGAAAAUAACUUAACCGGUGAAAUCCCACCUCAGCUUGUGAAUUUGAAGCUUAUUUUUCUUAACUUGUCUUCCAACAAGCUUACAGGGAACAUCCCUGAUGAGUUUGAUAAUCUUGCAUAUGAAAACAGUUUCUUGAACAAUCCUCAACUAUGUGCACAUGAUGAAAAUUUCAACCUUUCAAGCUGCUUGACAAAAACAACACCGCAACACUUCAGAAAUCAUUCAUCUUUGAAAUCAAAACUCAUUGCUCUGAUUCUUGCUGUUUCCGUUGCUGUGUUGCUGGCCACAGUUUCGUUGGCCUUCUGCACGUUGAAAAAGUAUUGCGGCAAAAAGCGCUGCGGGCGUAAGCUUUCAACAUGGAGGCUUACAUCAUUCCAGAGGUUUGAUCUCACGGAAAUAAAUAUCUUCUCAAGUUUGACAGAAAAUAACCUCAUAGGAAGUGGAGGGUUUGGAAAAGUUUACCGGGUAGCUUCAACUCGUCCCGGUGAGUACAUUGCAGUGAAGAAGAUUUGGAAUGUCAAGGAUGUGGAUGACAAACUGGAUAAAGAAUUUAUGGCUGAGGUUGAAAUUCUGGGCAAUAUUAGGCAUUCCAAUAUAGUGAAGCUUUUGUGUUGUUAUUCAAGUGAGAACUCUAAACUUCUUGUUUAUGAAUACAUGGAAAAUCAUAGCUUGGACAAAUGGCUUCAUAAAAAGAAGAAAACAUCGGUCUCUGGGUUGAGCUCACACACUGAGAAUCAAACGGUGUUGAGUUGGCCAACAAGGUCGAACAUUGCCAUUGGUGCUGCACAAGGCCUGUGUUACAUGCAUCAUGAAUGUUCAGUGCCAAUCAUUCACAGAGAUGUCAAAUCGAGCAAUAUAUUGCUUGACUCUAAGUUCAAGGCAAGUAUAGCAGAUUUUGGACUUGCCAAGAUGUUGGCAAAGAAUGGGGAACCAUACACCAUGUCUGUUUUAGCAGGGUCUUUCGGCUACAUUCCACCAGAAUAUGCAUAUUCUACCAGGAUUGAUGAAAAAGUCGAUGUGUAUAGCUUUGGAGUUGUACUACUAGAGCUUGUGACAGGAAGGGAGCCUAAUUAUGGAGGUGAGAAUGCAUGCAGCCUGGUUGAUUGGGCAUGGCGGCAUUGUGAUGAAGGAAAAUGUAUCACCGAUGCCUUUGAUGAGGAUAUCAGAGAAACACCCUAUGCAGCAGAGAUGACUAGCGUCUUCAAAUUAGGUCUCAUGUGCACAAGCACAUUACCCUCCACUAGGCCUUCAACAAAGGAGAUUUUGCAAGUUCUUCGGCAGUGUUGUUCUUCAAGUUCUGCACAUACAAGAGUGGCAACUGAAUUUGAGAUCACUCCUCUUCUUGGCAAUACAACUUACAUUUCUAGUUACAAGGAUGGUAGAACUGUGAAUGAAAAUGAAGAAAGCUGCUUAUAUAGUGUGUAA